GGCUGAAUGUACUCCUUCCACUUGAGUAUCCCAUAUACUCGAGUUUCUCAAAAAAAAAAAAAAAUCACUGCGAAAAGGGCCAGACCAGAACAGGGGAGACCCAAACCCUGCCACCGCCGCCCCCUCAGAUUCCCAAUCUAUCCCCGCCUCAACACUGAGAAUUGCUCGCCGGAGUGCCCUCUUCCCCGACGCCGGUAGGCAGAUUCGCCGCCCAGACCGGCCGUGCGAGAGUCGCCGCCGCUGGGGGUUCGCGACGCCGCCGUUGCUCGCCAUCGUCCGCAGCGCCCUAGUUGAUCGGAAUCUGAUCUGACGUACGGAGCACCGGCGACCAGUCACCAUGCCGGGAACCGGAGGCGCGACCGUCCUGGACGACCUUGAGUGGAUCGUUGUCGAAGAGAUCCUCAUCCGUUUGCCGCCCAAGGACAUCCUCCGCUGCCGCGCCGUCCGCAGGUGGUGGCACAGUGCCACCUCCACCGACAAGUUCAUGCUGGACCACCACCGCCGCCAGCCCUUGCUCCCCAUCCUCAGCCACGCCGUCGACCCGCAGAAAUCCCACCUCCUGUUUUCCUUUGACGCCGGCGCAGGCCGGCAAAAGCUCUGCCCUGUCAUCCGGACCUACGACUACCGUAAACUCCAGGCAGCGUGUGACGGUCUCCUCAUUGUCUCCUAUGGAUCAAUGGCAGAUGAGUACGUCUGCAACCCGGUCACCCGCAAGUAUGCUCGCCUGGCGAAGCAUCAGCCGGAACGUGUUUUUUACCACCGGAUUGUCGGCUUCUACCGGCACCAACCAUCUGGAGGAGAAUUCCGAGUGCUAUGGAUCUCUAGUCCGACAAUCUACAACGCAUACCACCCAAAUUACAGAACUUUCUACUAUGUCAUAGCGGUGGGAUCCGAUAGUACAAGAUACAUCAGACAAGGAUGCAUCACACAACCAACAAUCUCAUCUGCCUUGGAGCUGGCGUUACGCAGGGGCCUGCCUGAAUCGUCCCAAUAUCCACCAGUCCACCACCGUGGCGGCCUGCACUGGAAACUUGGAAAAUACCACGGCUACGAUGCGGACUACAUAAUGGUGUUCAACACAGCAGCUGAAAAAUUUAGAUUGAUGUGUCGUCCUGCCCGAUUGGGCAACUGCUUACAGGAGUCGUUGUUGGAGAUGGAUGACACUCUUGCUUUGUGCAGCAUCUGCAGUGACAAACACACCAUAGACUUUUGGGUGUUACAGGACUAUGAUGCUGAAACAUGGUCUUUCAAGCAUCGAAUUAAUUUGAUUGGGAUGGAUCCAUCAGCGCUUGUUGAUCCAGAGGUCAUAAUAUCCCCUAGGAUGGCUGUUCUCAGUGGGGGUGAGAUGCUGAUUCGGUUUACUCAUAGGGGUGUGUUGCAUUUUGACGUCAAUGGCAAGUUUUUAGGAUAUGUGAAAAGUCAAGACGGCGAACAAAUCAAUUUGUGGGUUACCGGGCAUUACCUCCAGGAGAGCAUUAUUCCCGGUCCACUGUUCCAUGAGAUGAGAGAAGAUGAUGGUGUGAACCAGGAGCCUCCAUUUUUUGUAGGACUGUAGGAUGCAGCGCUUGAUCUGGAUGUUGUACACUGCUGGUUUGCAGCGCCAUUGGAGUAUCUCUUCUAUAUGAGCCUUUACUUUUGUUCCUAGUUUGGUCUUCUUAGUGCUGCUUGUAAAACUGAAUAAUUCGGAUGGUAGCAGAACUCCUCUGCUAUGAGCAUUUGGUGUCUAUUAUCUUGGCUUUAACAUAAUGAUAAAAUUCUUGACUA